AUGUCAGACAUCAAACCCUAUACCAUCUCGGUCGCCCAGACAAAACUCGACCGUCUGCACCAGAAACUCGCUGUAGUCGAUCUCCCAGACGAGCUCGAUGAUGCAGGCUGGGAUUACGGCGCGUCCCUCCCAGAGGUCAGGAAACUGCUCAAAUACUGGCAAAACGACUACGACUGGCGCAGACACGAAGCAAAACUGAACGAGCUCCCCAGUCAUGUCACUGGCAUUGAUGUCGAUGGGUUCGGCGAACUGCAGGGCNCUGGAAACUUCACAGAGGUGACUAAGGUAUUGCCUCUGUUGGCCGAUACCAAGGACGGCGCACCUGCUUUCCAUGUCGUUGCGCCUUCGCUUCCCAACUUUGGUUUCUCAGAGGGCGUGAAGAAGCGAGGAUUUGGUCUUAGGCAAUAUGCUGAGCACAUGACGGAGCAAAGACUGAUAGUAUGCANNGCAACACAAGGCGGAGACUGGGGUUUCUGGAUCACACGAACCAUGGGCCAUCUGUUCCCAGAAGCAUGCAAGGCCUCGCACGUCAAUAUGACUCCCCCAGCCAUGGAUACCGAUCUCACAGCCGCCCUCGAUGACAAGUCGUCGUUCAGCGACAAAGAGUAUGCAUCUCUACAACGCUUGGCCAAGUUCCGCGAGGACGGCGCCGGCUACAGCCAUGAGCAAUGCACUCGACCACAAACACUCGGCUAUGGACUCCAAGACUCGCCCGUCCUCUUGCUCUCGUGGAUCCUGGAGAAACUUCACGAAUGGACCGAUGACUAUCCCUGGACUGCUGAUGAAGUUCUGACUUGGGUGUCGAUAUACUGGUUCUCUUCUGCGGGUCCUGCAGCCAAUGUGCGCAUCUACUAUGAGGCCAAGCAUGAUGCAAAGGGCGGUGAUGACACGAGUGCUAUGGUGACGGCGACUGGUCAUGUUCCUCACGUCAAGCUGGGUGUCAUGUACAACUGGAAAGACAUGGAGACGUCUCCAAAGGCGUGGGUGAGGAAGAUGGGAACGGUGGUGUUUGAGGCCGAGCAUGACAGCGGUGGUCAUUUUGCCGCGUGGGAGAAGCCCGAGCACAUGGCCAGAGAUCUCAAAAACAUGUUCCGAAAAGGUGCUGAAGCUGCUGAGAGCUUGGGUGAUGCGAGUGGUUACGACGGAUGA